AUGUUGAGGAAGUACAUCCGAGAUCCACUGCACAUAAUUGAUCAUUCUGGGAUUACAGUUAAUGAGGACUUGGGCUAUGAGGAGAAGCCAAUGAGGAUUAUUGACAUGCAAUCCUUGUUUUGCCACUGGUGGAGAGUGUGCAAGAAUGGGCUAGCUACGAAGGAAAAUUUGUUCAAACGGAAUUGUGCUGAGUCUGGUUACUGCCCUAUUUGCAACAAGCAGCUGGAAUCUGUUGAGCAUCUCCUUUUUGAGUGUGAUUGGGUAAGACCGGUGUGGUUCAGGUGUGAGUUUGGUUACAAAGUUUCUUGGUCAGAGACUCAAUCAAUUUUGAAGUGGUCUUGCCAGAUGAUGGAGAAUUUCACUGACAGCAAGGAGUGUAAUCUUUCCUUCAGCUCAAUUGCUUGGAUUGGUUGGUUUGUUUGGAAAGAACGCAAUGAAUUUGUUUUCUCUCAAAAACCAGUUGAUCCGCUCUCUACAUUGCAUCGCGCAGGGUUGGCAAAAAAGGAAUUUGAUGCUAGAAGCAUCUCGCAAGGGACUGAUCACAGUCACCGUUUGAGAAGCCCUCAGCAAAGGGAAGAUUAUUGGAAACGUCCAGCUGCUGGAAAUUUCAAAAUAAAUUGUGAUGUGGCUAUCCAUAAUGGCUCAGAUUGUGCUUCAAUUGCUGCCAUCCUCUGGGAUUCGAAUGGAAGGUUGCUGGAUGGUGUGGUCAAGAAAAUUGUGUGUUCUUCUUCUCUCCAAGGUGAGGCCCUCGCAUGCCGGUUAGCUUGUCAAUUAGCUCUUGCUCGCAACCUAGCAGGAGUGGAAAUUGAAGGAGAUAACAAAUCUGUUAUUCACCUCAGUGUAUCUGAACUUGAUCCUCCUUGGGAUUGUGGUGCUAUCUUUUUCGACAUCAAACAUCUUGCUCAGCAUUUGAAUUUGACACUCUCUUGGCGUCCUAGAGCAGCAAACAAAGCAGCGCAUUGGGUGGCCCAGGCUUCACUUAGGAAUGCCCUCCCUCUAGACUGGCUAUCUUUCCCCCCUCUGGCUCUUAUGGCUUUAUUAAGGCUGGCCUAG